AUGUUUAUGUGUGUUGGUGCCUUCCUAGCCAGCACUUUCAUUCAUGGUCUGCUUGGUUUUCCUCCGCUACAAGGUUUUGCAAUGAUUGGUGGCGCACUGUGGGGCAUAGGUAAUGCAUUUACACUUCAAAUCAUGAAUCGCUUGGGCAUGGCGCUCACCGUUCUUGUAUGCAGUACUGUUUCAUGCUUAACAGGAUGGGCGACAUCAAGGCAUUCUCAUAGUUGUAGUUCCAAAUUAGUUAUCAACACUGUUCUUCAGAUACGGACUCCUUGGCUUGCCCGCUGCUGUUCCCGCGAGUGUAGCAAUGAAUUAUCUGGGAAUAAUCUUGCUCAUUAUAGGGUAAAGUUGUUGUUCAUUUCGACAACAACAAAGUUGAGCAAUAAUCAAGCAAGGCGAAGGUGCCAAAUAAACUUGAGUAAGUUUGGUACUUUUCCAUUAACCGGACCCAUUUCAAAUUGUUCUCAUAAAGUACCUUCUUCAACUUAGAA